AUAAAUCCCUACCCAAGAUCGCGACCAAGGUCGUCAACUAUCAAAACUCAAAAGUGCAGCGGCAUCCAUGACAGAGGCCGAUUGCCACGCAUUGCCAAGAGUGUCCACGAUGCCAGAGAGCAGCGGUAACGACCCAUCACGUGAUGAAGACCCGGCGGCGACUCAUAUGGUGGCGUCGGCUUCCACUGCAUCCAUCAUAUCCAUCACGUCGGAGAUGUCGGUGGCGGAAAAGGACCGCCUGCCGCUCGCAAGUCAUUUGGCCAAGGCGGCGCAGACGGGCGCGUCCAACUUUGUGUUGGCGUACAACGUCCGAGCUGGCAUUGCGCUUCUGUCCCGCAUCGUGCAGCUGAUUCAGAAUCGAAAGUUCCGCGAUAUCGUGAACCUCAACUCGCUCUUGUCUGAAAAACACUUGAACUUCCGCGUCGAAGCCGUGUCGAUGGGGCUCUUCAUCGGGUGCUUCACCGGCGGGUACGAAGCGCUCCAGGCGGUUCUGCGCAAGCUGCGGCCUGACCUCCCAGCUGCCACCCGCACAGUCGUGUCUGGCAUCGUCGCUGGAUCGGGCAUCCUCUGUCUCAACCCUAGCCGGCGGCGGUCCCUCGCGCUGUACACGUUUGUGCGCGCGCUGCAGUCCGUGUACAACAUCGCCAAGGCGCGAAAGCUGUGGCACUUUUGGGGCAGCCAUUGGCCUCACGGCGACGCGCUCUUGUUUGGGGUCGCCAGCGCCCAGGUCAUGUACAGCUUCAUUCUACGCCCCGAGAUCCUUCCGAAAGAGUACUUUUCUUUCAUCCAUCGAGCGGGGCCUGUGGCUAUGAGGGUGCUUCAGUUCACCCAGCGCACAUUGCGUGGUGCGGCCGUCGAGCCCGCCGACGUGAUCCGAUUUUUAGACGACAAGGCGUCGCCUGUGGUGUACAACAUCGCGCACAACCACCCAGAGAGCUUGCCGUGCUCGCUCAUCCACCACGGGUCGGCGUCGUGCACUUUGGGAUUUGGGAUGACGUUUUGGAAUGCCGCGCGCCGGACGUUUCCCUUGUACUUGUCGCUCAACAUUGUACCGAGGGUGGUGCUCGAUUUGCACCGUUUCGUCAAGGCACCCGUGACGACAGUGUUGAAAGGGACGUGGGGCGGCGUGCGGUCCACUGCCUUCCUCGGCACGUUCGUCGCAUUGUAUCAAGCUACCGUGUGCGUCCAAAGGCUGAUGUUUCGUUCGGAUUCCAAAGCUACGUACUUUGUCGCAGGACUGAUAGCGUCGGGUUCGAUUCUGCUUGAAGCCAAACAUCGUCGAUCAGAACUGGCGCUGUACGUGCUUCCGCGAGCGUUGGACUUGCUCUACAUCACGCUGCGAGACAAGCGCGUAUUGGCUGAGAUGGCGUACGGUGAAGUCAUGUUGUUUGCAUGUUCGAUGGGGACGCUUAUGUUUUGCUUUGAGCAUGAGAAGCAGCACUUGAGUCCGUUCGUGGAGCGGUUGCUCAACCGAUUCCUGCACUCUACAGUCAAGUCGUCGUCCACAUGUAUUAGUAAGAGUUAGAGACCCGGCUCGCAGCUGACAUAACCACGGGAUGGGAAGAACUUGGUUUUACCAAUCAGUCAUUUCGAGAGGCAAUUGUAUAGGGUGCGUCUGGUAACAUUUCAAAAAUAGUAGACCAUUUUCUCGCAAAAUGGAAUAAAC